AUGGCGGUGCCCGGCGGGAGCGCGGCCCUGUCGGUGACCGUCACCUACGGUAGUGAAAAGCAUAAUCUUCAGAUCGCUUCUCAAGAAGAAGAUAGCCAGCCAACAGUACGUGAUAUGGCUCUCUUAAUUGAACAAGUAACCGGAGUUCCACUUUCUUUUCAGAAAUUGAUAUAUAAAGGAAAAUCCUUGAAAGAAAUGGAACAGCCUUUAUCAUUGUUCGGAGUUAAAAACGGUUGUAAAGUUAUGCUGAUUGGAAAAAGGAACAGUCCUGAAGAAGAGACGGAAUUAAAGAAAUUAAAAGAUUUGGAGAAAUCAGUGGAGCAGAUAGCCAAAAGAAUAGAGGAAGUUAAUAAAGAACUUGGAGGUAUUCAGAAAGGUUUUUUAGCGAAGAAUCUUCAAAACGAAGCUCUUAACCAGUUGGACAAGCGAAUCAAGGGAACUGCUGAGCAGUUUAUGAAGAUUCUGGAACAGAUAGAUGCCAUUGCUCUCCCAGAGAACUUCAAUGACUGCAAACAGAAGAAGAAGGGGCUCGUGAAAAAGGUUCAGGCUUUUCUUGCACAGUGCGAUACAGUGGAAGGAAGUAUUGGUCAAGAAAUGGAUAAGCUACAGUCGAAGAACAUGGCUCUGGCAGAAUGAGGCAUUCAUUUAAGUAACUAAAAGAAAUAAUUGCUCUGUGAGCAAGAAGAAGAGUUUGCUCUUGAUUUUGGAGCACCUGUGUUAGUGUUCAAGAUUUUAUUUUAAGCGGAGUCCAGUAAAAUUAUUGCAUGUUGGUCAUUGCUCGCUGGUUUGUAUGCACUCCUUAGAGCUCUUCUUUCCACAAAAAUUCUGCAGUUCUUUAAUAUGUUCAAAACCUGCCUUUGUGUGGUCAAAUAUGUUUCAGCUAACUAAAUGUUGCAUUUUGUAAACCAUUCAGAGCAAUAAGUAAUGUAACGCUGACAGUG